AUGGAGGAUUCCCAGGAGACCUCGCCGUCCUCCAACAACUCCUCGGAAGAGCUCAGCUCUGCCCUGCAGCUGUCUAAGGGCAUGUCGAUCUUCCUCGACAUACUGAGGAGAGCAGAUAAAAAUGAUGAUGGAAAGUUGUCCUUUGAGGAAUUCAAAGCAUAUUUUGCAGAUGGAGUGCUGAGUGGAGAAGAAUUACAUGAGCUCUUCCAUACCAUCGAUACACAUAAUACCAACAAUCUUGACACAGAAGAACUAUGUGAAUAUUUUUCUCAGCACUUGGGUGACUAUGAGAAUGUACUAGCAGCACUUGAAGACCUAAAUCUUUCCAUCCUGAAGGCAAUGGGCAAAACAAAGAAAGACUACCAAGAGGCCUCUAAUUUAGAACAAUUUGUGACUCGAUUUUUAUUGAAGGAGACCUUGAAUCAGCUGCAGUCUCUCCAAAAUUCCCUUGAAUGUGCUAUGGAAACUACUGAGGAGCAAAGCCGUCAAGAAAGGCAAGGGCCAACCACGCCGGAAGUCCUGUCUAUUCAAUGGCCUGGAAAACGAGCAAGCCGCCGAGUCCAGAGACACAACAGCUUCUCCCCCAAUAGCCCUCAGUUUAAUGUCAGCGGUCCAGGUUUAUUAGAAGAAGACAACCAGUGGAUGACCCAGAUAAACAGACUCCAGAAAUUAAUUGAUAGACUGGAGAAGAAGGAUCUCAAACUUGAACCACUGGAAGAAGAAGUUAUUGAAGGGAAUACUAAAUCUCACAUCAUGCUCGUGCAGCGUCAGAUGUCUGUGAUAGAAGAGGACUUGGAGGAAUUCCAACUUGCUCUGAAACACUACGUGGAGAGCGCAUCCUCCCAAAGUGGAUGCUUGCGUAUUUCUAUUCAGAAGCUUUCAAAUGAAUCUCGCUACAUGAUUUAUGAGUUCUGGGAGAAUACUAGUGUAUGGAAUAGCCAUCUUCAGACGAAUUACAGCAAGACAUUCCAAAGAAGUAACGUGGAUUUCUUGGAAACUCCAGAACUCACAUCUACUAUGCUUGUUCCUGCUUCAUGGUGGAUCUUGAACAACUAGAUGUUCCUAAACAUUUUCUUUAUGGUUCCAAGUGCAAGACAAUUGUUCUUGUUUAAAAUGUGAAUUAGAAAAUUCUCUGUGGUUGUUAAUCUACUGUAUACUUUUGUUUGAUGUAUUUACUCUAAGAUGUGUACUCUUGUAAAAUGUAUCCUAUAAUUUUAUUUCUCGUGUGAAUUUUAGCUCAAUUUUCAAUGUUCACUAUUAUUCUCAGUAUUUGAUGCUAAUUGUUUUGCUACAUAAAACCCUUUAAUGGCAAAAUCUAAUAUGUGAAAAAAAAGUACAGAUAAAGGAAUAAAAUUGUGCAAAAGAAAUUCUUAUAAUGAAGGAAAAACAUUUAAAGUGGGAACUUUUGGAAGAUUAAUUCAUAGGACAGGGUUUGUGUAGACUGUCAGCUAUCAUAAAGGGUUAAAUAGAUGUUCUGUGAUUUUAUGUAGCUGAUUUUCUGUGAGUGAAGUUUAUUCUUCAAUAAU